AUGAUGGCUCGAUGCCUGCUGGCGCUGCUCAUGCACAAAACGAGCGCCGACGUGCAUUGGCGCGACCUGGCCGUGCGCCGGCCCGACGGCGCCUUCCUGCUGGAGCCCUGCAGCGGCACCGCCGCCGCGGGCACCUUCACGGCCGUCCUCGGCGCGAGCGGCGCGGGCAAGUCGACGCUGCUGCGCGCGCUCGUGCGCGCGCCGCCGCGGGGCGCGCGCGCGGAGGGCGACGUGCGAACCGGCGGCCGCGCGGUCGGCGGCCUGCGCGACGGCGACUGCGGCCUCCUCGCGCAGGACUCGGAGCUCUUCGCGAUGCUGACGGUCCGCGAGACGCUCGAGUUCGCGCACGCGCUGCGCGGCGCGUCGCGCGCCGAGGCGGCGGCGCUCGCGGAGCGCGGGCUGCGGACGCUCGGCUUCCUGCGCGUCGCGGACCGGCGCGUCGGCGACGGCCGCGGCGGCGGCGCGGCCAUCUCCGGCGGCGAGCGGCGGCGGCUCUGCGUCGCCGCGGAGCUCGCGCUCGCGCGGGGCGCGCCGGCGCUCCUCGCCGCCGACGAGCCGACGAGCGGCCUCGACAGCGUCGGCGCCGAGGCCGUCGUCGCUACUUUACGCCGCCACGCGGUGGACAAGCACUGCGCCGUCGUCGCGUCGCUGCACCAGCCGUCGUCGCGCGUCUGGCGUUCCUACGUCGACGGCGUCGUGCUGCUCGCGCCGGGCGGCCGCGUCGCCUACGCGGGGCCCCGGGACCGCGCGGCGGCCUUCGCGCGCGCGGCGACGGGCCGGCGGCUGCCGCCGUUCACGAACCCGGCGGAGUGGCUCCUCGAGCUCGUCGCCGACGAGGCCUGCGCGGAGCAGCUCUGCGCCGCCGCGGCGCAGGCGCGGCCGCCGCCCGCGGCGCCGGCGGACGACGCGGCCGCGCGGCCGCGGCGGCCGCGCGCGACCCGGCCGCGGCGCUUCGCGCUCCUCGCGCGGCGCGCGGCGCGGCAGGUCGCGCGCGAUGCCCGCGUGCAGGCCCUGCGCCUCGCGUCGACGGGCGGCCUGGGCGCGUUCCUCGCGCGGCGCUACGGCGGCGGCGCGCCGGCGCUGAGCGCCUCCGGCUGCGCGGACCGCGUCGCGCUCCUCUCCUUUAGCGCGAUCUCCAUGUGCGUGCUGCCGCUGACGCGCGCGCUGGACCUCUUCGGCAAGGAGCGCAAGGUCGUCGCGCGCGAGGUCGAGCGCGGCGCCUACGGCGGCGGCGAGUACGUUUUGGCGAAGGCCCUCGCGGAGGUGCCGUCCGACGCGCUCUUCGCCGCGCUCCACGGCUGGGCGCUCGGCCGCGCCACGGCCGGCGGCGUCCGGAGCGCGCCCGCGGCGCCGCUGGCGCUCGCCGCGGCGGCGUCGGCGACCCUGGGCCUCGCGGUCGGCGCGGCGACGCCGUCGAGUGACGCCGCGCUCGCGGCGGGCAUGCCGCUCGUCGUCAUCCACAUGCUCACGGGCAUCGUCAAUCCCGGCGGGGAGGCUCCUUCCGAGCGCCCGAAGCCGCUCGCGGCGCUGUCGCCCAUCCGAUGGACGAUACGCCUGCUCCUGGACCGCGAGUUCCGCGGCGCCAAGCUCGAGGGGAAGGACGCACCAAGAAUGGGCGGCCUCGCGCUCGUGAGCUCGGGCGACGAGGUCCUGCGGCGCCUCGGCCUCCGCGCCGGCGAGCCGCACGCGCGCGCGCUGCCGAGCCACUGGCUCACGACCCAGUGCGUCGGCGCGUCCGCGGGCGGCACGGGGCCGCAGGGCCGCAGGGCCGCGCGGAGCUCGCCGCCGGCCGCGUCCCAGCGCGCGGACGCGGGCCGCAGCCAGCCAACAUCUACCUCACGGUCAGCCAAACCGGCUCCCGGCGGAGGAUUGUUAUCGUGGACUGCCCUAGGGCUGCGCACAAUGUUCACGGUGGGCCGCCUCGGCCCGCUCGCCGCGGCGUCCGGCGCGGCCUGGCUGGCGUCGGGCGGCCCCUUCUCGCGGAGCGAGGAGGAGAAGCACACGGUCGGCGGCGUCUUCCACGUCGACCGGAGCCAGGCGGCGAAGAUCCACGGCGCGCUGGACCGCGGCGCGCGCUGGUACCACGACCUCUGCGACGACAAGCGCGACGAGUACCUGCGCGCCGAGGUGCCGCUGAGCAAGCGCUACGUCGGCACGAAGAUCGAGCGGAGCCCCCGCGCGAAGCUCUGCCUCAGUGAUAAUGAGGUGGUGCACACGUCGCACCUCAUCAACGACCUCGUGGACCUGGUCUGGUUCGACGAGGCGCAGGAGCAGGAGAUCUUCGAGUUCUGCGUGCUGAAGAUCAUCGACACCAUCGCGCACAACCUGCCCAACGAGUUCAUCCGUUUGGUCCACUCGAAGCAGGUCAUGCCGAAAGUCGCCGCGGACAAGUUCGAGGCCGCGAUGUCGCGCUGGCUCUUCGCGGAGGUCCAGCUGCCCUUCCUCGACGACGCGGACCGGCGCCGCGUGAUCCGCUGCGUCAUGGCCAUGCUCAUGCGGUCCAUGCGCCGGUCCCACGAGGACGUCGCCGCGCACCUGUCGCCCGACGAGCAGCAAAAGUCGCCCGACGAGCACCACGCGUUGGUCACGGACGUCUUCUUGCGGGGCGUGCAGCACAUCUUCUACGACGAGGACGAGCGCAACGCCUUCGUGAACAACCUCGCGGCCUACACGGACAAGCUGCCGUUGGUGCCCGUGUCCGUCGUCGCGAGCAUGAUCGAGAACGCCGUCAACAUGGCCUCCGCGUCCGUGACGAACGCGCUGACGACGUCCUACCACGAGUACGGCGACGCGGUCCGCGGGCGGCGCCACCACGAGCUCGCCGUGCGGCGCCACCCCCUCGAGGACCCCCACACGGAGUCGCAGCGGAAGAAAGCGCACGAGAAGCCCUUCGAGCACGUGCUCCGCUACAACAUGUGCCUGGAGUUGAUGGACCCCAAGGAGGACAUCUUCGGCCGGCUCCAGCUCGUCAUGCCCGAGUCCAUGCCUGUGUGCAAAUCAAAUCUUCAACCCGACUUCAAUGUGUCCAUGCGCUUCGCGCUCGUGCGGUUGUUCGUCGAGGAGCUCAUCCAGACCAUCGAUGCCGAGAAGAUCGAGGCCAUCUUCUCCCGCUGCGCCGCGAACGUCGACUUUGAGUGCGCGCAGGCGACCGUCGUGGCGGCGGAGGCGCCGCCGCGACCGUGGUGGCGCUUCUGGCGGAGGUCGUGA